AUGAAAUAAAAUCCCGUAGCACCACCUACAAAAUAAUAGCCAUAACAACAACCUCCUGCCAAGGAUCCUCCCAAAACUACUGGCAAACCUACUGAUUAAAAAUAACAACAACCAUAACAACAACAGCCAAUCCAAUAACCAAAAACUGCCCAGCCAUCUUCACCAAAAAAAGAAACUGUCAAAGCUGCCACUAAUGAUAUAGUAAUUUUUAUAUUUUAUGACCUUUAGGAUCACAUCCAAAAGAUGAAGCAAACAAUGAUGGACUUUUAAAAUAAGUAUUUUGAAACGCUCAAAAGUAAGCAAGAUUCCAUUUCUCAAAAGGUUAUUCCUUAUUCUAUUCUUAGCUCUCUUUAAGAAAUGCCGAAAGAGUGGAAGAUAAAAUUCUUAAUGCAAUUCGCAAAGGAGUCUUGUAAUUAGAAGUAAAAUAGAAACUUAAUAUUUUUAUAAGAAUUCCAAAUAUAACUAUGUUGAAGGACAUAUGAUGGAUAAAAAAGUCUUGAUUGUUGAAAAAGAAAAAGAUCAAUUGUAAACCAAACUAUAAAAUGUUGAUACUGAAUUGAAAACACUCAAGAGCCAGAAAAUCAACAAUGCCUAUAGUGCCUAUAGUUAACCUACCCUCAAACUAUAUAUGCAAGAAGAGAAUCUAAACAAGUAACAAUAAGCCCAAGAGACAGUCUAGAAGAUCCAAAAUGAAGCCAAAACUAGAAGGGAAAAAACUAAUAAAAUAUUGAGUGAAAAAGAGAAGAGAGAAAAGGAGGAAGAAGAAAGGAAAAAAUAAGAAGAUGCCGUCAAAACGUAAUCAUAAUCCUUAUUUUGUUGUAUAGUUAAUAAUUGAAAGAACAGUUACAUGCUAAGUUACGAGAAAAUAUAGAAGAUUUGAAAGCAAAAUAGAAACAAAGACUAGAGAAAAUGGAUAAAAUGGAAGAUGAUUAUUUCAAGAGUUUGAAUGACAAAUUAUCUAAAAUGAAUAAGGAAAGAGCAUUGAUUGCAUCAGUAGAUAUUCCUAAGGUUUAAUUGAAACCAUACAAAAAUGAGGGUUAAAAAAAAGAUAAGAAGAAAAAGAUCAGACCUAAAAGUGCAUCUCCAAAUAGUAAAUUAUUACAUCCUCCCAAAAAAAUUGAAAUUGAAUAACCUUUGUAUAUGAGGGUACUAGAUAAGUAUAAUAAAAAAAUACAAAAAUAACAGGAAAUUGUUAAUUUGGAAAGGAAAAUGAAAAUGGAAAAGAAUGAAUUUUAUAAUUAAGAAUAUGAGGAUCACAUGAAAGAAUAUUUAAAGAAACUUAAAAUGAAAAAAAGAGAAUAUGAAGAAAAAAGAAUGAAGGCUCUUGAAAAAUUAGGUUUAGAAGCUGGUAAAUAUAGUUAAAAUGUUAAUGCAAGUUUUGAUUCCAAACUCUGGUUAUUAUAAGAGUCUAGAGUUAAUAAAUCACUUGAUGAUAUCUCAAUCAUCCCCAAAGAGACUUUAAUUAAUUAAGCAAAAGAAAAAAAAUAAAAAAUAGUUGAUUAUGAUAAAAAAGUAAAAGAAACCAUUAAAAUUCAAAAAGAUAAAGAAAAAGAGGAAGAAUUAAUGGUCUUAAGAGAUAAAACAAUACAUCCUGAAAGAUAUAUUCGAAUGGUCAAAAAAAAUGAUAAAGAAUAAGAAAAGGAACCUGAGUUUGAAAUAUUCUAAAGACAAGAAGAAGCAAGAUAAUAGAAAGAAAAAGAAACUAAAGAAAAAGAAUUAGAGAGAUAUAGAAAAUUAUAAGAGAAAGCUAAAAAAGACCUUGAAUAAUCAAUCAUAUUGAGUAAAAUAAAAGAAGAAGAUAAAAAGAAAAAGGAUGAAUUUGAUUACGAAUACGAAGAAACCCUUGCUAAAUAAAAAGGAAAGGAAUAUUUAAAAGAAUUUAGAGAGUUACAUUAAAAGGCUCUUGAAUUAGAAAAGGAAGAGAGAGAAAAACAAUUGAAAUUACUCCAAGAAUAAUAGAAAAAGAAAAAGUUAGAAUUACCUCAAAUCACUUCCACUCCAAAAAUAAUUAAAAACUAAACCUUAGGAACAGUAUUAAUUAUUCUAAUUUAUUUAGCUUGAGAGGCAUGAUUAUUUAUAAGAAGUUUUGUAAUAAGCUAAAAAAGAAAGAGAAGAACGAAAGGAAAAGGAAAGAUUAGAAAAAGAAGAGAAGAUUAAGGAAGAAGAAAGAAGAAAAGAGGAAGAAAGACGAAAGAGAGAAGAGGGUCUUGAAUAAUAAACACCAAGAAAAGCUGUUAACAUAAAUGAUUUAGAUGAUGAAUAGAAAGAGGAAUUAAGAAAAAAGAAAUUGGCUUUGCAUAAUUAAAAGGUUGAUAAAAUUAAAAAAAAAGUAAGCCAUUUUCUAAUUAUCUUAGUAUAUUGAUGAUAAAACUUAUGGUGAAUCAUCAUAACAAGAAAGUUAUUUAAAAAAAAAGGCAGAUCAAGUAAAUAGAUUAGAAAAACAAACUAAAAGCAUGGAAUCUGUAUUAUUAACCAUUUAUUUUUAGAUAGUAGAAGCUUCUUGGACUACCAAACCACUAAAAGCAGUAGAGAAAGCAUAAGAGGUAGAUGCACUUUACAUAAAGUCAAUUCAAUAAAAAUUAAGUUUAUUAUCACCUGCUUAAAAAGCUUGA